ACUGAAGAGCGGAAUCAGUUCACCGAUAUAUUUUGACCUGCGUGUAAUCGUGUCGUACCCGGAAUUAAUGAACCAGGUAUCUCAGAUGCUCCAUCAGCGCUGUAAGGAUGCUGGAGUUCAGUUUGACUGCGUGUGUGGAGUUCCUUAUACGGCUCUACCGUUCGCUACCAUCAUCUGCUCCACCCACCAGUACCCCAUGCUCAUCCGGCGAAAAGAGGCCAAGGACUACGGCGCUGCAGAGAGUGGUAAAGUCUGCACAGAGGACCAUCGGAUGCAGCUUACCACCCAUCGGGGACAUAUACACUACCAGGUGUAAGGAAAGAGCCGCCUGCAUCUUCCGUGACCCCACCCACCCUGCACAUGGACUUUUCACCCCCCUUCCCUCUGGUACGAAGCGUCUGAUUGAGGGCUCCUUCCGUCCCGGUGACGUCUGUUUGAUCGUGGAGGACGUGGUGACGAGCGGUGGUAGCGUCAUGGAAACGUCGCAGGAGCUUCAGGCCCAGGGGUUAAAGGUUAAGGACGCGGUGGUGUUGCUGGACCGUGCACAGGGGGGUACAGAGCGCCUGCGAGGCGAGGGAAUCUCCCUCCACCCCGUCAUCUCCGUAUCUAAACUCCUGGACGUUCUGGUGGGGUCGGGUCGCAUCGACAGAGAGACGUUCAGCAGCGUGGAGAAGUUCAUCAGAGAGAACCAGACCUUCAGCGCAGGACAGAAGGACGAGGAGAAGAACGGUGCUGCAGAUCUGAGUUACAGUUCCCGCGCCGCUCUCCCCUCCACCCACCCGCUGGCUAAACGUCUCUUCAGUCUGAUGGAGGAGAAGCGCACGAACCUCUGCGUGUCGGCGGACGUGACCACCACGCCGGAGCUCCUGGAGAUAGCCGAUGCGCUCGGACCCUUGAUGUGCGUGUUGAAAACCCACGUGGACGUGCUGCAGGACUUCAGCAUGGACACCGUCGACAAACUCGAACAGCUCAGCGACAAACACAACUUCCUCAUCUUCGAGGAUCGGAAGUUCGCCGACAUCGGGAACACCGUCAAACACCAGUACCAAGGUGGUGUGUAUCAGAUCUCAUCGUGGGCGCACAUCAUCAAUGCCCACGCCGUGCCCGGCCCGAGCGUGGUGGAGGGGUUGAAGGCGGUGGGUCAGAGUUUGGGUCGAGGAUGUUUACUCAUCGCUCAGAUGAGCUCCAAGGGGGCGCUGGCUACCGAUCAGUACACUCACGCUACGGUGAAGAUGGCAGAGGAUCACCCAGAUUUUGUUUUUGGGUUCAUCAGUGGAUCUAAGGUCAGCAGUAAAGCCGAGCAUGUCCACAUGACCCCGGGGGUUCAGAUGCAGUCUGGAGGAGACGAGCUCGGGCAGCAGUACACCACCCCGGACCAGGUCAUUCGCUCUAAAAGAUCUGAUAUUAUCAUCGUGGGACGAGGGAUUCUGUCGGCCCCGGACAGACGGCGAGCGGCGGAGGAAUACAGGAAGGCUGGAUGGGACGCCUACCUCAGCCGGAUCUCACCAUCACAAUAACCAUAAAUAAACUAAAAACUAAACCUGAA